GUUGUCCUCGCAGCUGCAGAGCCUGAGCUGCCUCUGUUUGGAUAAACAUUGUGGAUUUGAGCAGCAGGCUUUCUGUUUUUGUGCAUCUUUUGCAUCGCCGUGUCGAGCCCACUGUCUCCGUGCAGCAUAGCAGUAGUAUGCGCGCACUGUGCGUGGUGGGGGAACACCGUGUGCACUGUUAACGUGAAUCAUCUAUAUGGGCCAUCUUCUCUCUAAAAAUGGUUUCCAUCUGAAGAAGAGGACUCGUAAACUUCAUCACAGGAAGAAGAAGAAGAGGAACUGUUUGCUUCAGGGGCCGUGCAUGCUGUGCUUCAUUAUCCACAGCAACAACACAGACCCUAACGAGGAGAGUGACCACUACAAGGCCGGAGUCAACAACCACCACAGCAGCAUCACUGCAGUCAGCGUUCCAGGGGUCGGAGUGGGAAUAGGGGCGGCCGCUGCCUCUAAACUUGCAGAACGAUACGCCUCACUUGCAUCACCGGAGGAUUGUUCAAAGUUCCUUUUGUCUCCACGAGAACUAGCGCUUUUAGAAGACCAGGGCCGGAGUCUGCUUUCAGCUGUUCCGGCGAAGCUGAUCCCACAGCCAGUGGUGUUUCGGACUGCUGGAGUGUCUGUGACUGUCCCCAUCCCUGUGCCUCUGCCUGUCUGCACCAGCGGUUAUACUGAGAUGGUCUGUAAGAGGAAGUGCUCUGAGGUGCAGAGGUGCACUCCCUGUAAGCAGCCGCGCUGUGCCUUCUCUGGGCCUGAGGGAGCCCUGGACAAUGGAGCGGAGGAAACCUCCUCCGAUGAGCCCAGCACCUGCCAAGGCCCUGUAUGUCCUGAUCCCUCCGCUGCUCCCUCCGCCUCUUCGUCCACUUCCUCCUCUUCCUCCAUUGCUCCCACUGAAGGCUGCUGUGGGUUGGGACACCCUGUAGAUGUGCCCCAUAGCUCAAACUCAUCCCCAUGCUGUAAUCACCACCAUGACGACAACCAGCCCAAAGCUCCAGAAGCUGCAGAGCAUUUAACUAUCAACCAACUGCCUUCCUCCAUCCUCCUCAAA